UGAGGGGCGGGGCCAGUGCUCAUGCGCAGUGCGCUCCCCGGGACGCGGAGGAAAGAUGGAGGACUACCAGGCCGCAGAGGAGACUUCUUUUGUGGUGGAUGAAGUCAGCAACAUUGUGAAGGAGGCCAUAGAAAGUGCCAUUGGAGGCAACGCCUACCAGCACAGCAAAGUCAACCAGUGGACUACGAACGUGGUGGAGCAGACGCUGAGCCAGCUCACCAAGCUGGGGAAGCCCUUCAAAUACAUCGUGACCUGCGUCAUCAUGCAGAAGAACGGGGCCGGCCUGCACACGGCAAGCUCCUGCUUCUGGGAUAGCAACACCGACGGGAGCUGCACCGUGCGGUGGGAGAACAAGACCAUGUACUGCAUUGUCAGCGCCUUUGGGCUGUCCAUCUGACACCGCCGCCCCGUCUACGCGGCUCCCUAGCUGUGAGUCCGGCGCCCCGCUCCUCAGCACCGUCCUACUGUACACGAGAAAACCAAAUGACCACCGGGCGGCCAGCGCCGGCAGGACCCGGCCUGAACUCCCAGCCUUUGCUCCGAGGUGCUGCAGACGGGGUGGGGAGCGGAGGCCCGUCUCCUCUCCACCAUUCAGACCCACUCCUCUGCCAUUAAUUACACUUUGUACUUUUUGUUAGAAUAAAUGAUUCUGAUUUCA